AUGUCUUCUCAAUCAAACAACUUCGGUGCCCAGGCUCAGCAGUUCGGUGAUGAAAUGUCGAACAAAAUGCAGAAUGCUGCUAAUGAGUUCCAAAGCAACAGCCAGUCGGCAAAGGCUGAGGGAAAGGACCUUCUCGACAAGGCUGAACAAAAGCUACCUGAAGCGAAAGAGCAAGGCAAAUCGCUUCUUGAGCAGGGCCAGGAGCAGCUCAACAAAGCCACCGAUUACGUGAAGGAACAGUCAGACCAACUCGCCAACAGGGGCGCUGAGGGCGCUGAGUCAGGUCAGAGCACCUUCGCUCAGAUCUCGGAGCAGGCACAAAAGUACGCAAGUGAUGCCAUGAACUCCGUCAGCAAUGCACUUCACGGCGCAGGCGAUAAGGCCUCUGAUGGAGCUACGAAGGCUGCCGAAGGCACUUCUAAGGUUGGACCAAAUGACUCGUACGUGGAAGCUGCUCGUAAGACGGCAAGCGACACCAUUUCAAGCGUGCAGAACUACUUCUCUGGGUCUAGCGCCGGAUCAGGAGCUUCUAAGUAA